GCCAGUUUGACGAAGGCAGGCCGCUUGGUGGGGUUGUGCUGUCUGCUGGGAGUUCUCGUGCAGACGAAGGAGCCGCCGGCGGUCGCGGGGCGCGGCCAUGAUGCACCACGCGCUCCUGCCGGCCGCGCUGCUGACCCUGACCCUAGGUCACCUGACGGGCGGCGCGGGCCGCGACCGGUAUUGCCGCGACUCGCUCGGCUACAUCUACCACUGCGACGACGACAGCUGGGGCUCCGGCAGCACGUGGAACAGCAUGUACGGCACGGGCGGCUACAUGGACACUGCACGGAGCGUGGGUCAGGGGCGGGUCACGCCCUGGAUGGCCGGAGGCGCUCAGCUCAGCUGCGACUUCGGUCGCGACAGUCGCCUCGGCCCUGGCCAGGUGGUCACGGACAUCAUUUGGAGGAAGGUGGAUGCGGACUUUGGCGGUGGCUACGGAGGAGGAGCCUUCUACGACAGACGUUACGACAACAACGGCUACAAUGGCUACAACGGCGGUUUCUCCAGCGUCGGCAACUCUAACAACGGCUUUGCCGGGGGCUACGACAGCUGGUACAACGGAGGCGGUUUUAACGGAGGCGGCUACGGCAACGGGUUCACCAAUCUCGGGAGCUCCAGUGUCGGGCUUGGAGGCGGCUACGGCGGCGGCUACAUCGGAGGAGGCUACAACGGAGGCUCCUACAGCAGUGGUAGCGGCUGGAGCAGCUCCGGCGGUAACUACGACACUGACUACUAUGGCGACAGCGGGCGCGGCAGCUUCAGCGGCGGCUACCCCUCCAGCGUGUACAACCGCGACGACUACAUCGGCCCCAGCGGCAACGGCGGACUGGGCGCGGCUGUAUCCACGAGCUUCGACCCCGGCCCAAGCUUCAGCUCCGGCCCGGGAUACAGCUCCAGUCCCGGCUUCAGCUCGGGCCCCGGCUUCAGCUCCGGUCCUGGUUUCAGCUCCGGUCCAGGCUUCAGCUCUGGCCCCGGCUUCAGCUCGGGCCCCGGCUUCAGCUCCGGCUUCGGCCCCGGAUUCGGCGCGGUGACGGACCUCGUCUUCAUGGAGGUGGAGGUGAUGCCGGACGGAGCGGGCAGGCGCGGGGGCGGUUUCUACCGCAGCGCCCUCACCAAGGCUGAGCCCGACCGGGUGGUGAAGGAGGGGGCGGAGGAGAACGUCCGAAGGCUGGUUGCCAACAACAGGGUGGAGUGA